AUGACCGCCCCCAAGGCCCCGGCCAGCUGCCACCAGCUGCGAGAGUUUGACAGCGUCAAGGACUCCAUUGCCGACCUCAUCAACCAGCUGCAGGACAUCGACCCGAGCCGCCUCUCCUUCUCACCCUUCCUGGACCUGGACACCCAGAUCUCCCUGGCGCCCGUCUCCGACAGCCCCGAGUCCUCCGUCGAGGAGCUGCACUCCACCUCCGAGGAGGAGGCCUCCCUCAGCCUGGCUACAAGAGACUCUCCAGGGCCAGAGGCUGAGCCGGUGGAGGGGAUGCAGAGCCAGGGGGCUGGGCCUCUCCUGGGGGAGGACCCCCAGCCUUCCACGGUGCAGGGGGACCCCGGGCUUCCCGUGGCAAUGGACCCCAAAGACCCCAUCCUUCCACUGGGCUGCGACCCACGGGAGACUGGCAGGGCGGGGCCUGGAGGCAGCGUGGUGGUGGCGGUGCCCAAGGAGACCUGCUUCCUGGACAGGGUGGGGGCAGAAACCCCCAUGGUGCAGCACAUGGAGCACCUGCCCGCCGGCAGGGAGCCAAGCAGGGCACAGCCCUACAGCGAGGGGCCAGCAUGCCCCACGGCCAGUCGGCCUCUCCCCAGGGAGGAGCAGCCGUUCCUCGGCUCGGGUGUGGAGCCGGUUUCCUGUGGCCCCGAGGAGCCCGCCCCUCGCCCGCCGGGGAAGUGCUGUGGCUGCUGCACCAGCUCCCACCUGAAGGCCGUGUCCUCGGUCUUCGUCUCGCUGCUCCUGGCGCCCUGGGUCCUCUACGGGCUCUAUUACCUCCUGCCCUUCGAGCCGCCGCUUUGCCCGGACCUGGCCAGCCGUGCGGCCUUCGCUCUGCGCUGCCUCCUCAUCGCCGUGGUGCCCAGCAUGCUUGGUGUCAUGUUCGGGGCUCUCGCCAAGCUCUGCUCGGUGGCCAUCGACCCACUGGACACACGCUCCCCGCCCGUCCUGCUCCACCGGCUGUACGUCGCCAGCUCCGUGGAGCAGCUUGUCAUCUUCGGCCUCAACACGGUGGUGCUGGCCACGUUCCUGGCCCAGGAGCACCUGCACCUCAUCCCCAUUCUGGCCGGGCUCUUCUCCGUCGGCAGAUGCUGUUACUGGAUCAGCCUCCACGUCGGCAGCGCUUACCGUGGCUUUGGCUUCGGACUCUCUUUCUUCCCGGCCCUGGCGAUGACCGUCUACAACCUGUUCUGUCUGUACGACCUGGGCUUCGCCUUCCUCUUCGCGCCCUCUCCAGCGGGUGGGGGCGGCGGCGGGGCCACGCCUGCCCCCACGCGGGAGCCGGCGAGCCAAGGCACUUGAAGGAGGAGACGGCAUAGGAUGGGGAGAGUCGUGAGCUCCAGCAGCCUCCAGCUCUGAACAGCUGCUCCAACCCAGCUUGGAUCAAUACUGAGGCAGCGUAAAGCAUCCCUCCUCCAGUCCAUCCCCAGCUGUGCCCUCCCACCCCUGAGCUGGGCAGUGCUGAGGGAUGGACGAGCCCCAUAGCUGAAGGCAACUUCUUAGCAAGCACCGUAGUAAGGUCACUAAGACACCACAGAGCAGCAGGGCCCAGCACAGUGCUACCACACAGAAUGGGAAGGGCUUUUCCCAGCCGAACGCCUGCAGCGUGCAAAACUGCUCCGGCAAGCUUCUGCUCCUAGGAAUACUGUAACUGACAUUCAUUCCUGCCAAGGGAGAUCCCCUUGGUCUCUCCCUUCCUCCCUCCAUCCCAGCCUUCCCCGGGGCUGUGCGGUGUGCCAGGGGCACAGCUGUCUCUGCAGCCUGGCCAAGGUUAAUCUGAGCCCAGAGGAGAGCGGCUUUAGCCUCUCCCUUUGAUGUGGCCUGGUCCUACCUCCCUCUGGCAUGCUGCAGCCAGGGCAGGGAGAUGAGCAACUGUAGUGUCCUAAUGACCGGCUAAGCCUGGCAGAUCGGGUCAUGUGGGCAGACCUGGGCUAAAAGCCUGGCUUGGUUGCCCUUGAAAAUUAGCCUGAACGCCCAGGAGAAGGCUCUGAAAUCCUCAGCCCCAGCCCUGUCAUUUGUCUUGCUGUUUCCUCCACGGGGCCAGGGCGCCUCACGGACACUGCCCGGCCCCUGUAGCAGUGCCCAGAGGAGCCGCCCCCCCACAUACAGGCAGGUUACAGAACACAGACUGCAGGCACAAGCCGCGUACUCAGUUGUGUGAGUGGCUGGGGGGUUAAGCCCUUUUCUGUGCAUUUAUCAUCCCAAAUACUCUUGAUCAAAGUGACUUUCUGAGUUAAGAGGGGCAGCGGUGGCUCGCUGGGAGAGAGGAUUUCAUCCAGAGCAGAGCAGUAGCCAGUGGGCUUGAUCCAGCAUUGCCCUGCUCCUCAGGGGGGUACGUAACCCACGGCAGGGUGCUCCCUGCUCCCAGAGCAGAAGGGUGACGAUUGGUAGAGAGGAACGGGAAAGCAGGCUGGCUGGGGGAGGGUGUGGAUGCUGGCUGGUGAGCUGUGUGGGAUGCAGGGGGCAGGAGCAAGCCCGGGUGGCGGGUAAGCAGUGGGUGGAAGGGGAGCUGGUUGGUUGUAGUGUGACAGGAGACAGCUGUUAGUGCUGUUGGGGGGGACAUGCCAUGGUGUUGUGGCAAGAUGCAGUGCUGGGCCCAGGACCUUACAGAGACAAGGCAGGUGAGGAAAUAAUCUUUUUUUGUCCCUCACCCCUAGAAGUCAGGCCACUAAAAGACAACACUUCCCUCACCUCGGCUCUGUCUGAUCACCACUAAGAGUUCGAACUCCCCCACCACUGCCUGAGGCAGAAAAACACCUGCCAGGAUCUCGGCUUCCUCCCUGCCGUGGAUGAUUUGCCAGGACGGCAUAGUCCCUUUCCUAGGUAACCCCACUUCUGCUCUGCCCAGAGGGGACAGCACCUGAACUGUGAAUUCUGAGAAGGGAAACUUGGGGCAAAGCUGCCCCUCCCCCAAGGCCAAGCCCCUCAGUUCUGUUCCUGGAGCAGAAACCUGCCUCCCUCCUCUACUUGUACAACCCCUGUGCAGGCCUGGGCCCAGCGCCGCAGCGGCAGGAACUCCCUUAAAAUCCACGCGGAGGGUCCGCUCGGCCGCUUCCUGUGCAAAAAGGCCCUUACAUGUAGUGACGGUGGCCACUGCUCUGCUGGUUCCUUGCAGAAACUACCCGGGCAAAAACC